UAAUGCUCUUAUCUCCCAUUAAAGGUUGGCGCCUUGGAGGGUUUAUCUAGGGUUUUUCAAGGAUACCUUUAAUGGCGGAAAAAGAGGGAAAGCCAAGAACUCCGCCAUUAAUGUCACAUCAGAGAAGCUAACAAUGCUGUUACCUUCAAUUACACCAACAAUGUCACUCGCACUCUUUCCUUCAUCUUCUUCGACCUUCCCUAGAUUUCCCCUUCUUCACCACACUACUCAUUUCUCUCUCCACCUUCCCUUUCAUCAAUGUCGCAAGCCUCUUUCUCUCUCCAAUUACUCCCUCCAUUACCGAUAUCCUCAACCUCGACCUCCAUCAGUUUCUUCCUCAAGCGCAGGCGAAAGCGGCGAAUUGGCGGCGGAGGAGAGAGAGUUACUGGAGGGGAUUGCUGAAAUUGUAGCUGAAGCUGGGGUUUCAGGAUCGGAAUCGGUCUGGAUUGCGGCGAAUUCGCCGCAGUAUGCGAAGAUGUUGAGGGAGAGUGUUAGAGAGUUGGAUGAGCUUUCACUGUGGAAUUCAUGGAUGAAGGAUGGGAAAAUGGAAAUGACGCAUACGCCCUUGUUGUUGAAGGAGAAGGUGAAGUACAUUGCGAGGGAGAAGGGUGAUUAUGGGAAAAUACCUUAUUUGGAGAGUAUUGGGUUGAACUUCUCUUCUUCUGUUCAUCUUGCUCGGCUUCUGUCAUCAGAAUCUCUACCCUCUCUUAUUCUCAAGGUUAAGUAUGUGAAGGAAAUCUUCUUUUCUGGCAGUGAUGAUGAAAGGGUAGCUGGUAAGCUUGCCCGUUGUAUGAUGCACCACCUGUCAAUUUCAGUAGAUGAGGACGUGCAACAAACUUUAUCAUUCUUUGAGAAGAUUGAAGCGAGACGUGGUGGUUUGGGUAUGUUAGGAUCCUGUGAUGCUUCUUUUAAGUAUCUCAUUGAGUCGUUUCCUCGCCUUCUUCUUCUAUCAGUAGAAUCAAAUAUGAAACCGAUUGUCAAAUUCUUUGAGAAUGUUGGAGUUCCAAGAAAGCGCAUGGGAAAUGUUUUACUAUUGUUUCCCCCACUUCUCUUCCGUGAACUUGAAGAACAAAUCAGAGCUGGAUCAUGGCCGUUUAAGAUGGUUGGAGCAUUGGACAAAAAGUUUGGUAGGAUGUUGGUGAAAUAUCCUUGGGUGCUGUCAACAGGCAUUCUGAAAAACUACAAAGAUAUUUUGGGUUUCUUUGAAGCAGAGAAGGUACCAAAAUUCAGCAUAGAGCGAGCAAUUCUGGACUGGCCACUUCUGCUGGGCUGUUCAUCUGGCAAGCUAAAGCCAAUGGUAGAACAGCUCGAUAACCUAGGUGUGAGAACCACAAAACUGGGCAAGGUUAUAGCUACUAGUCCUCAGCUUUUACUGCAGAGACCCGAGGAUUUCCGUAAGGUGGUUACUUUUCUGCAAGGUUUGGGAUUUGACAACGAUGGCAUUGGUAAGAUCCUAGCUCGUUGCCCUGAAAUUUUCGCAACAAGAAGCGAAAAUACCCUUCAGCAGAAGCUUGAAUUCUUGACUAGCUUGGGCAUUUUGAAACAAGAAGUCCCUCGGGUUAUAAAGAAAUACCCUGAGUUUUUUGUAUCAGACAUUGAUCGAACUGUCGUGCCAAGACUGAGGUACUUGAUGAAGUGCGGGUUAACAGAGAGAAAUGUCGCUUCAAUGAUUGUACGAUUCUCUCCUCUGCUUGGCUACAGCAUUGAAGAAGUCUUGAGACCAAAGUUGGAGUUCCUAGUCAACACCAUGGGCAAGUCAGUGAAGGAGGUUUUGUACUACCCCAGAUACUUCAGUUACUCAUUGGAGAAGAAAAUAAAACCGAGGGUUUUUGUGCUAAGAAGCAGGAAUAUUGACUGUAGUUUGAAAGAUAUGUUAGCCAAAAAUGAUGAUGAAUUCGCCACGGAUUAUUUGGGCCUUGGUAGAAUGCAUGUUUCUGCUAGGUAAAACUUCGAGUUCUGAUGUAUAAAUAUCUUUUGUCCUAAGUUGCUCUCGUAGGUUAGAACUACAGUAGUACUGUACAUAACACUGUCAGGCCCUUGUGAAUAUACUACUAUAAUGAAUCAAAAUUUUGGAUAA